UUUGAGAUGCUUCCAUUAAUUGGAAAAACAAUCAUCUUUGAUAACUUCCCUGAUCCUUCUGAUAUAUGGGAAAUCACCGAAACAAUUGGCAAGGGAACUUAUGGGAAAGUAUUUAAAGUUUUGAAUAAGAAAAAUGGCCAAAAGGCAGCAGUCAAAAUUCUGGAUCCAAUUCACGAUAUUGAUGAAGAGAUUGAAGCGGAGUAUAAUAUUUUAAAAGCACUUUCUGAUCACCCUAAUGUGGUCAGAUUCUAUGGGAUGUACUUCAAGAAGGAUAAAAAAAAUGGAGAUAAACUCUGGUUGGUUCUUGAGCUAUGCAAUGGAGGAUCGGUGACAGAUCUUGUGAAAGGAUUUCUGAAAAGGGGUAAAAGAAUGAAUGAGCUCAUAAUUGCCUAUAUUUUACAUGAAGCACUAAUGGGACUGCAGCAUUUGCAUAACAACAAAACUAUCCAUCGUGAUAUAAAAGGAAAUAACAUUUUGUUGACCACAGAAGGCGGAGUUAAACUCGUAGAUUUUGGUAAGUUUUCCUCGAAAUGCCCGAGUUUGGGCUGCAAAAUGAGUAGUUUAACAGUCAUUGCAGAAACAGUCAACAAACAUGAGCGAGAUUCGGUGAUUGCAUGUGAACAGCAGUUGGAUACCACUUAUGAUGCCAGAUGUGAUACGUGGUCCCUGGGCAUCACGGCCAUCGAGCUAGGGGAUGGAGACCCUCCACUAGCUGACCUGCAUCCCAUGCGAGCACUCUUCAAAAUACCCAGGAAUCCACCCCCAAAACUGAUGCAGCCUGAGAUAUGGUCAGCAGAAUUCAAUGACUUCAUUAGCAAGUGCUUGACUAAAGAUUAUGAAAAGCGUCCAACAGUGUCAGAUCUUCUACAGCAUAAAUUUAUUACUCAAAUUGCAGGCAAAGAUGUGAUGUUGCAAAAACAACUCAUGGAGCUCAUUGAAAUUCAUCAACACGUGGGAAGCACAGAAAAGGCCAGACAUGAACGUAUUCACACCAAGAAAAGUAACUUCAGCAGAUCUCUAAUUUCCAGUCUGAAGGAAGUAGAUGAUUUAGCGACCCUAGAAGUUCUGGAUGAGAAUACAGUCUCAGAGCAACUAGAGAAGUGUUAUUACAGAGACCAGAUUUAUAUCUAUGUGGGAGAUAUACUCAUUGCUCUCAACCCUUUCCAGAGUCUGGGUCUUUAUUCCACAGAGCAUUCCAAACUAUAUAUUGGAGCAAAGAGAACUGCCAGCCCUCCUCACAUUUUUGCGAUGGCUGACUUAGGCUACCAGUCUAUGGUGACGUAUAGCUCAGACCAGUGCAUUGUGAUUUCUGGAGAAAGUGGUGCUGGAAAGACUGAAAGCUCUAAUCUUUUGGUUCAAAAAGUAACACUUAUAGGCCAGGCUGGUAAUAUAACCCUUCAAGAGAAGAUUUUACAGGUGAACAAUUUGGUGGAAGCCUUUGGCAAUGCCUGCACUGUUAUAAACGACAAUUCCAGCCGAUUUGGAAAAUACUUAGAAAUGAAAUUUACCUCUUCUGGAGCUGUAGUGGGAGCACAGAUUUAUGAAUACCUUCUGGAGAAAUCUCGAGUUAUCCACCAAGCCCUUGGAGAAAAAAAUUUUCAUGUUUUUUACUACAUCUACGCUGGUUUAGCUGAAAAGAAGAAACUAGCCCAUUACAAAUUGCCUGAAAAUAAGCCUCCCAGAUACCUACAAAAUGACCACCUCAGAACAGUACAGGAUAUGACGAAUAAUAGUUUCUAUAAAUCCCAAUAUGAGUUAAUUGAGCAGUGUUUCAAAGUCAUAGGUUUUACAAUGGAGCAACUCGGAAGUAUAUACAGUAUUCUCGCUGCCAUCUUGAAUGUGGGAAACAUUGAGUUUUCUUCUGUGGCAACUGAAUUCCAGACUGACAAGAGCCACAUUCCCAAUCAUGCUGCGCUGGAGAACUCUGCUUCUUUGCUUUGCAUUCAGCCAGAUGAGCUACAAGAAGCUCUCACCUCCCACUGUGUGGUCACUAGAGGAGAAACCAUUAUACAACCCAAUACUGUAGAAAAAGCUAUUGAUGUCAGAGAUGCUAUGGCUAAAACUUUAUAUGGCCGUCUCUUUAGCUGGAUAGUCAAUCGCAUUAACAACCUGUUGAAGGAUGACACAUCACCAAGUGGGAAUGGUGAUGAACUGAGCAUUGGCAUUCUGGAUAUAUUUGGCUUUGAAAAUUUCAAAAAAAAUUCCUUUGAGCAGCUGUGCAUUAACAUUGCAAAUGAACAAAUUCAGUAUUAUUUCAAUCAACACGUGUUCGCAUGGGAACAGAAUGAAUAUGUAAAUGAAGAUGUCGAUGCCAGAGUUAUUGAAUAUGAAGAUAACAGGCCCCUCCUAGACAUGUUUCUGCAGAAGCCAAUGGGUUUACUCUCCCUACUCGAUGAAGAAAGUAGAUUUCCCAAGGCUACUGACCAGACUCUCAUAGAAAAAUUUGAAAGUAACCUAAAAUCACAGUACUUCUGGAGGCCCAAAAGAAUGGAACUUAGUUUUGGAAUUCACCAUUUUGCAGGAAAGGUCCUCUAUAAUGCAACUGGGUUCUUAGCUAAAAAUAGAGACUCUCUUCCAACUGAUAUUGUGCUACUUUUGAGAUCAUCAGAAAAUAGUGUAAUUCGGCAACUAGUCAACCACCCUCUGACAAAAACAGGUAAUCUGCCACAUUCUAAAACUAAAAAUAUGAUAAACUAUCAAAUGAGAACUUCAGAAAAAUCGGUCAACCUGACAAAGGGUGAAACUGGAGAAACCACACGUCAUGCCAGAGAGACGACCAACAUGAAAACACAAACGGUUGCAUCAUAUUUUAGAUAUUCCCUGAUGGAUUUGUUAUCUAAAAUGGUGGUGGGUCAACCUCAUUUUGUCCGUUGCAUCAAACCAAAUAAUGAACGUCAAGCAAGAAAAUACGACAAAGAGAAAGUUCUGCUACAGCUUCGCUACACAGGAAUUCUGGAAACAGCAAGAAUUCGAAGGCUAGGAUACUCACAUCGGAUACUUUUUGCUAACUUUAUAAAGCGGUACCGUGUUCUCUGCUACAAAUGGAGCGAGAAGCCACCAGUCAGCCCGGACACCUGUGCCGCCAUUCUGGAAAAAGCCGGUCUUGAUAACUGGGCUCUUGGAAAAACAAAAGUGUUCCUUAAAUAUUAUCAUGUGGAACAGUUAAAUUUAAUGCGAAAGGAAGCCAUUGACAAGAUUAUUCUAAUUCAAGCCUGUGUCAGAGGAUUCUUGGGUUCAAGAAGAUACCAGAAAAUACAGGAGAAAAGGAAAGAGAGCGCUAUAAUAAUACAGUCAGCUGCAAGAGGACAUCUAGUCAGGAAACAAAGAAAAGAAAUCAUUAAAAUGAAAAACACAGCAGUAACAACCAUUCAGACUCACGAUCUGGAAUUUGACUACAAGAAAAACUUUGAAAAUAAAAGGGAUUCUUUUGUGAAGAAACAGACAGAAAAUGCAGUCUCUACUAAUGAAACAGUCAUCUCAGCUCCCAAUAAUAAAGGGAGUACAUCUGUAGUGAAGACUUCUACUUUCAAAGCUGAGGAGGAAGCCCCUAAUGCUGUCGAAAGUAACAACAGAGGAUAUCAAACUCAGAAAAAAAAGAAUAAUGUGUAUAGGGAAGAGACUAAGGAGGAAUUAUAUCUGGUGGGGAACCCUUGGGCAGAAGUAAGCCUCAGACAGAAGUAUAUGGAAGACCUUGGAGAGAACAGUAAAAUAAGCAAAGUGGAGAGAGAAGACACUGUGAUCCAGAAUUACUACCAGAGCUAUACAGAAGAAAGGAAUUUUGAAGACUCGAAAGCAGCAUAUCUAGAAAGGAAGGUCAUAUCCGAAAGGCCAGGCUACUCAGGACUUUGGUUAGCUCAGAAUGAGACUAAGCAGCCUUCUUUUAAAAAAACUUUGCAACCUUGUCUUAGUCAAAGGUCAGUUUAUCAAAAUGCAAAUAGCAAGGAAAAAGAAAAGAAAACGUCUGUGGUCACCCAGAAUGCAUCCAUAUGCAGCCAGCAGAGAAGCCACCUGAGGCACGGGGCAGUCAAAGACAGGCGGGUUGAACCAACAACGCAAGCCCAGGACAGAGAAGAUAAAGCAGCAGUGUUCAUUCAGAGCAAAUACCGGGGCUACAAGAGAAGGCAGCAGCUGAGGAAGGACCGGAGGUCUUCUUUUAAAACUCCAAAUGUUGUUGCAACACCAUCAGAAGGAGCAAUAAAUACUCAGAAUUUGUAUUUUUAUUCUACAAAACAUGAGGGAUCCUGUAAUAUCAUGAUGAAGAAUGACAGAGACUCAAAAGCAAUUUCAGAAAAAGAAGCCUGUGAUCUGGCAAUUUUUUCAAAACAGAUAUCAAAGUUAUCUGAAGAAUAUUUCAUUCUGCAGAAAAAACUGAAUGAAAUGAUUUUGUCACAGCAACUGAAGCCUCUUUAUCUGGGUGUCUAUCCUCAUAAGCCAAUUAAUAGACGAGUUUCUUCACAGCAGUGCCUCUCAGGUAUCUCUAAAGGAGAAGAGCCAAAAAUACUGAGACCCCCAAGACGGCCCCGGAAACCCAAAACGUUAAAUAACCCUGAAGACUGCACAUACUAUUAUCUGCUACAUAAGUCAAUCCAAGAAGAAAAACGAAGACCAAGGAAAGAUAGUCAGGGAAAAUUGUUAGAUUUGGAAGAUUUCUACUAUAAGGAAUUUUUACCCAGCCGUUCUGGACCAAAGGAACAUCAACCUAGUUUAAGAGAACGAAGACAACAGAGAGAAGUCCAGAAUCAAUGUUUUAAGGCUGAUGAAAGGUGCUGGGCGGCGGAGGACCCCGAGGAGGAGGAGAUUGGGCCGGCGCCCAACCCCUACGACUACAGGAGGCUCUUGCGCAAAACCUCCCAGCGCCGGCGUCUGGUCCAGCAAGUGUAG